AUGUCUUUUAACUGCAAUCCCUGCCGUUAUUCCGAUUAUCUGAAGGCCGUCAAUCCUCAAUGGGUUCACCAGACUCAGCUAGUCAUUGAAGCGCCGCCAGAUGCUGCAUCGUCAGAACCCAACGGCGAGACAGCGCCAGCUCAAUUCGCUUUGAUCAUUGGUAAUGGCCCGUCGGUAGGGGUGCCUGGAAAUGCCCAAGGCGAUCCAGUAGUGGAAUCCCCGACUGCUAUAGACGGCAUCGACGAAGGAGAUGACGCAGACACCGAAGGAGGCCAUCCCUUCAGAAAACCAAGAGUUAGUCGGCGCGCUACCGGAGGAUCGGUGAAGCACGGAGGACGAAGACGCCACGAAUCCGCGGAAGCGAAAGGGUCAAAAGGGUCAAAGGGCUCGAAAGAUGUGUACCUCCGAGUCAAUGAAAUGGUCGACGAAUACGCCUCAGAAGCCGAGAUGAGCGGCCUGGACGAUUACUACCGCGAAGAGAACCGGCGUGCGAAGCGGACGCCAUCUUGGGGGCUCGAGGAGCGGUCUCACUCCUGGUCAAGACGGCCGGCGGCACAGUCGAUGCGCCCCGGCUCGGAUUCUGACGAUAGUGAUGGGAACUUGGGUGGUGGUGGCGGGAGGAUGGAAGUUUAUGACAGUGAUUUAGAAUCCGUCGUGUCGGAUGUGGGCAAGGCGGCACAUGCUAAGAAGAUGAGGAGAUUCAAGGCCCUUGCGAAGGAUAGGUUCGAAAAGAUGCUCCUCGACUGCAUCGUCAAUACAGAAAACAUCAAGGACAACUACGAAGACAUGUUCAUCGACCAAACCACCAUCGACAAGCUCGAACACAUCACAAGGAUGUCCCUCCUAAGACCCCUAGCCUUCAGCCGCGGCGUUCUCGCCGGGAACAAAGUCACAGGAGCAGUCCUAUACGGACCCCCCGGAACAGGCAAGAGUCUCCUCGCCAAGGGCCUUGCCCGCAAAUCCGGCUUCAACAUGAUCCUAGCCUCGACAGCCGAGCUGUGGCAAAAAUGUCAUGGCGACGAUGAAAAGGUCAUCAAGGCGCUCUUUUCAAUGGGGCGAAAACUCCACCCUGCCAUCGUCUUCAUCGACGAGGCGGAUGGCCUGCUUGGCUCUCGUAAGGCCGGCGAGAAGAGGCACAUUCGCGCUAUGCUAAAUCAGUUCCUUAUGGAAUGGGAUGGAUUGAAUAGCGGGAAGAACUCGCCAUUCAUCCUGCUGGCGACGAAUAGGCCGUUUGAUCUCGAUCCGGCCGUUCUCCGACGGGCACCCGUGCGCAUCCAUCUCGAUAUCCCGACCACAGCCCAGCGUUUUGGGAUUUUGAAUCUGCUCCUUAAGGAUGAAACGCUCGGCCCCGACGUCUCCAUCGAUAGGCUCGCGAAGAUGACGACGCGGUAUACUGGGUCUGACCUCAAGAAUAUGUGCGUGACGGCGGCGACGGAAUGCGUUAGUGAGCAAGAUGAAGAUUCAGCCAAAAGGGUGCUGAGGCUACGGCACUUCCAAGCAGCCAUGAUAAGCAUCAAGGCGACCGGUCUUAGCAAGACGGUGGAGAAUGAGUUUAGGAACUUUGAGAGGGGAGCGAACCAGGGAGCGCGGCGGCAGGAGGAAGAGUAG